AGCAAAUUCCAGCCUGUGUUUCAACCUUGGAGAGAGAAAGAGUGUGAGUGUGUGUGUGUGUGUGUGUGGGAGGAGACAGUGGGAGGAGACAAUCUUGUUAUUAAAGGUUUUGAGAACGGUGUGAGCAAUGCCAAAAACAACUUCUUUGAAAGUGAAUAGGUUUGGCAGGAACAAACUACUGCCAGCCAGUAAAAGAACUUGUAACCAACAUCGGUUUAAAAACAAAUGGAGACGCUACUCCUUGAAAGUAAGAGCAAACCAUAUAUAGCCAUAACAACCAAGUACAAGGCAACACAAUGAAACCUCAGAAUAAAGAACCUCUCUACAAAGGUACACGUGGUUCUGCCCCAGACUAAU